GUCGGUCGGCCUUCUUCUUCUUCGCUCAAGCCCAGAUCUGGGUUUUUCUCAAACCCAGAUGCUGUGACUUGUGAAUUUGGGGGUACAUGCCUAGAAAAGCAUCCACAGGACCACACCACCCUCUAGUCUUCCUUCUCCUUCACACCCCCUGUUAUUUAUAUAUCUUCCCCCUCCCCUUUCUUCUUUCCUCACACAAAAAUCUCAAGGAAAGCCAGCUUCCUUUAGCAGAUGCAGCAUAGAAAGCUUAUGGGUUUUCAGUUAUGAAAUUGAUUGUGUCUUUGGAGUUUGUAGCUGGAAGGGUGAGCGAAAGGGUGUUUCUUGGGGUGUUUAUUUUUUGGGUUUUUGUGGGGGACUGUAGAGUCGAUGUACAUGCAAUUGGUUUUCGCAGGAAUGGAUUUAGAACACGAGAAGAUGGUAAUGUCCUUAAAUGAAAAGAAUAAAAAUGUGCACUGGAA